GACCGUUAUUGGUAGAAAAAUUUUCUACACUUCUAAUUAAAAUUCUUUUAAUAUGUCACUGCCCCUGUAGGCCUUCUCACCUUCUGUUUUUAUGCCCCCCCUGGCUGUCAAUCAAAAUAUCACCUGAUUAUUUAAAACACGCGUUGGCUGACGAAAUCGAGAUGAAAUCCAACCGUACAAUUUCAAUACCUCGUAUUACUGUACGUCUAUGGACGGAUUACCUUCGGAAACUACCGGAACAGUUAUUCAAACAAAUAUUUUUGCUUUUCCUUUCAAAAUAUUACAAUUUUAAACCAACAUUGCGAACGAAAUAGUUUGAUUACACUAACCUAGAAUACCAGUUGCUAGGUUCGUGUAUAAAAUUGAGGAUAAACCUAAAAAAUUCUAAAAGGGGCAGUGUCAAAGGGCCUCAAAGCGCUGAUUGGCUAUCGAUUUUUGAGAUAUCCGUUGUUGAAUUUUUAAGAAUUUGCGGGUGUUUCAGGCUAAAGCGCGGGCAAAUGCGGAAUAAUUUCGAAUGUCUGUAGAGCGACUCAGGAAAGCCUCGAUCAUGUCAAGGAAGUAAGUUUCUACUUUUCUUACGGGCUUAAAAUGGCUCCAACUGGCAGAAAUAAUGCCUUAACUGAUGAUAAAAAGCGACAAAUAAGUGAUAUACCCGACUUAGAUUCGGCUAGUACGAGUAGUAGAGCCGAAUUCAACCGAAGUCCUAGCUAUAAUAUCCCUUUGGUGUGUCGAGCAGCGACUUCGGUAGCCAUUGCCACAAAAGAAAACGAUGAGAUAAAUGCUCUUGAAACUACAGACAUUCGAGCGAAACUCUACCCAGAUGUGUUGGAAGAUGGUAAGCGUACUAUUUUGAAGAAUUUUAUCAUUUAAUUUUAUUUUAUAAUCGUUUGAAUCUGGCUUUAAAUUUUGGGGAAGAAGCUUGCGCCAUUUUGAAUUCCGUUGUCGUUUAUAAUUGUAUGUUGUCUUUUGAAAACGUUUUUGAUCAAAUUAUUUGUACGGAAAAGCUUUUUUUAAAUGGUAUUUAAUUUGCAGUAGUAUUUAGACGCAAAAGUAUUGGCAUUUUGAACCCAUUUUGAGGGUUUUUUGUGUAAAAUGUGAGCCGAUUGUAUUUUGACUGCGACAUAUAAAGCGCAACCGCCAUACCUAAAUUUCGAUUAAAAAACUCGCUCUUUUCUUUAAGUAUUUAAGAAUAUAAACGGAGUGUUUAGUGAAUGGGUAUUUAAAUGUAACUAUAGUGUGGUUUUUGGAAGGGUAGAUGUACAAUUUUGUUCAAAUUAUAAUGACGCAAUGACUUUGUUUCGAAUCCGCGAAGCCAAACAUUAGAAUUCAAAAGUGUGGCAAUUAGUGAUUAAAUUAGAGACUAAAAUGUAGCAAUUUAGUAACGCUUUCAGCGUGAAAAUUCGCGCCUUUAUAGGUAAAAGUUAAUAUAAUUUUGUUUGUAUCAAUCAAUGUUAUCAAAUUGUCAGGAAUGACUGUUGAUAUAUAAAAGCCCGGUUUACACGAGCAAAUUUUAUUUGACAAAUUUCAUUUGAUCAAAUGCAUUUGAUCAAAAGCUAGCCAUGCUAUAGCUUUUCUUCAAAUGCAUUUGUACAUUUACACAAGCAAAAUAUCUUUGACAUAUGAAAUUUGUCAAAUAAAAUUUGCUCGUAUAAAUGGGGCUUAAUUUAAAGUAUCAAAGAUGUAGUUCCAUGAUUUUUGCUUUUUACUCAAAUGGAUUCACCAGUUCACUAUUUUGUAAAUCCAAAUCUUAUUAAUUAAAGAGUAUAAACAGCAUUUUCUUGCUGAGUUGAAUUUUCAAGCUUCGAAAAGGCAAAGUGUGGUUCUGACGUAUGACAUUUUUACAGCCAAUGCUUCCAGUCUGAGCUGUGUAAUUUCCUUUUGGAAUUUGGGGGGUGAAAAUUUUUAAAAUGUUUAAGCAAACAGCGAUUUUUAUUUGCAACUAGGCUGUUGCGGUAAUAUCGAUAUAGUCGAUAAAUACCAAAAUUUCAAGUACUGCUCUACAAAUUUUUGUGUUGAGAACUCUUCAAUCUACUAAUUAACUGCAAUAACAAAACAUUUGUUACAUAUAUAUCAACUAUGUAUAUUUAUUUUAAGGGACCCUGUUUGAUCUAUACCUGCCUAAUACAGACAUUGAAAGCCUUUGUGGGGUUGAUACAGCCUCCAAACGUUCCCAACCUGAGCCUAUCAACCAAAGCUCCACAACCAAAGGUCGGACAUGGAGAUCUACCGGCAAAGGAAAGAAAAGAAAGAAGAAAAAAGCUGCUGGCUCUAAGAAAAAGAUCCACAAAAAACAUAAGACAGAUGAUUCUAUGGCAUCUAUAAACGAAAGCAUGAAGGACAGUUUUACAGAUGUUGAGCAUUCAUUUGAGUUUGGUGGAGCCACCGCAAUCAUAAAUAACACGCAUGGGAUUGCAUACAAAAACUGUAAAAAGACCGCCGUUGGUGGUAAACAGAAAGCUGGAACGAAUGGUGCUUGUGUUACUACACAGCAGACUCCUAGCCCUCCCACUGGUAACAGUAAGGUGUGUUGUUCUCAUGUUCGAGCACACAGGGGUGGUGGUGGUGGUGGCGAUGAUGGAGAUGAUGGUGAGGGGAAGCCACCAAAAAAGCCUCCAGAGGUUGAGCAAUGCAGCAAUGCGGGCAAGCAGAAGCCCAAGAAGAAGAAGAAAACUUCCAGUGAAAUGGAUGUUGACCCUGUAUUGUCAAGUGCUAUGGACGUGAGUCGUGACAGCACACCUGAAGACACAAGUGACGUAGAGGUGGGUAUCCGAAAAAAAGCUUUGUUUGGUAUAAAAUUCCACAUCUUUUUAAUAGCAAAGCCUUUGAUCUGAAAGGCUGGAAUGUCAUCAUUGAAAAUAAUAAUACUAUUGGUCAAUUUAAAAUUCUUUGUUAUUAGUUAAUUUACCUACCAGUUUCAAAUGACUUUGUUUUACUUUAUGGUAGGUGGUAUCAGACCAACUGCAGGAGCAUACAAUCCAUGUCCAGCCUGAACAGGCUCAGCAACAAGAGUCUGUACUAACUCAGGAGCUUCUCAUGAUAUUAAAUGGUUGUAUUAACCAUUACAACUACUGUGGUAAAAGACCCUGUGUUAGAUGCCAUAGGGUAGGUAUUAAAAUCCUUCAGUAAAUUUGUGAAAAUAUUUGAACGUUACAAAAAGUCGAUGGCAAUCGUAUUUAAGUGUUGCAUAUUAUUGAGCAAGAAAAAUUGAACUACCGGUACAUCCCUCUCUAUGAUUAUUAUUUUAUUCCAAAAUAAACUUUUGCAGGUUGAAAUUUUGAUCCAACACCAUUUUGAAGAAACAAAUGGUACAUGUAGAUGUCACAAGUGCAAAGUGUGGUUGUGUGUGCUGAAAUAUCAUACUGAGAUCUGCAAACUUAAAGGUUGCAUUGUUUGUGAAAAGUAUGUACAUUUUACCACUUUUUUGCCUUAAAUUUGACACAAUAGCAUAAUUUUUACCAUACCAUUGUUUUCAUGGUUGAAAAAAAUUACUGUUUCAGAACAUGCUACUCCCCCCACUCCUGUAGAAAUGUUCUUACUUGGUCAUUCAUUAUUUUGCUUUCAGGGCCAAGGGCAUACCAAGCCCAGCUCCUGCAGCCCCUGUGAUUGUUCAUCAGACACCAAGUCUUGAUCCAGAUGAUUUGAUUGUUUGGAGGGUAUGUGACUUCACUGUCUAAUUAAUUGGGUUGUGCAUUUUAUCAAAUAAAAGAGUAUAAAAUAGUUUGAUGUUGCUGUUAACAUAGUGAUGGUGCAAACCUUUCACAGUUUUAGUGAACUUUUGAAAAAAAAAUAAUAUAGUACAUCGAAAAAUAUCCAAAUUUUCAAAAUACAUAUAUUUUGAGAACUUGGAUACCAGGAAAAAAUUCCAAUGUCAAACCCUACAGUAGAGUGGUUAAAAAGCCAACAUAUCACCGUACACCAUAUAUGGGUGCAUAACUCACUAUUGUGAUCACACCUUGACCACACCCACAACUGUUAUCAAUCAAUAUUUAUUUUGCUGAUUGCUCUAGAAUGAAAGUUUUCCACACAAUGUCACUCAUUUUAAAGAAGACAAACACUAUGCAUUCUUGGAUGUCAUUGGGGAAGGUGGCCAUGGAGCUGUCCACAAUGUGGAAAUAUCUGAUGAUGUGAAGAAAAAAUAUUUGAACUCAUCAUGUAGAGAUUUUGUUGCGAAAAAAGUGAGUAUUGAACUUGAUACCUUGCUGUUGGUUUUCAUUAUGGUAGAAGGUGGUGUUUCAUGCCUUGGCAUGAUAUAGAUAUUUUUAGCAGUAUCCAAGAGUGGUACAAUGCAAACUUUUGAAUCUGGUAUCCAAAUUUAAAGAUUAGUAUAUUCCAUGGGAAUUUUGCAUUGAACAGACAUGCAUACAUGCCAAGCCUCAAUCCUGUGAGAAUCCCUAUAUAUUUUCUAAGAAAGUUUCGAAGUUCAUAUUGUUUUCAAAAAUAGCAGCAUUGGCACAGUUUUUUCAAGAUAAAUCGUAUAGAUUUUAUGUAGAAAAGAAUUAUAUUAUUUUCUUCCUCUCAUAACUACAUUGAGCAAUAACACAAUACCGUCGCUUAAAAUUAACGAUGAACUGUUGCAGAUAAAACAUUGUCCAUUCUUAUGACAAAGUUCAAUGUUUGUGAUGGUUUUAAUUUGCUCAGCCAAUCAGCUUGGAGCUGGUGGGACAUGCAUGAUUGGCUGAUCAGAUUAAACCUGUCAAGUGCUCUUGACUAACAUUGAAGAUUCUCACACGAAUUAGCUUAUGUACAGCUGUAAAUGAAUCUCUUGUAGAAUGGCAGAAUUUACGGCUGUACACAGGCUACACACACAAAUAGGCAAUGUUUUCAUCAACAAUCGUUCAUCCAUAAUUGCAAGCGACGGUAGUACAAUAAUUAAAAUAGACCAUCUAUUGCGAACUCCUUGCCUUCAUUACACCCUUUCUAUAGUUAUGUCACACAUACUUUUUGGUCCUGGAGCCUCGCUCUCAUUAGUAAAUUAUGCAAUCACCAUUGGCUCACGAUGCAUGGGAGCGAGGCUCCCAGGCCAAAUGAUGUAAUUAAGGGUGUAUUACAGAACUACAACAUAUCAUGGAAAGAAUUAAAUCACUCUCUAGUAUGAUAGUGUGUAGUGAAACUCACAGUUACAUAUCUAUGGGCCAUUUGUCAGAUUGCAUUUACUGAAGCUGUGUCAAUAUGUUUAGACUGAUAAAGUAGAAGAUGACGAAAAAUAUGUCUUUGAACAGACAUCAAAUCAUCCAAAUUUUUUGGAGACCUACCUUGUUCUCCAGAAGAUGCAUCCGAAGUGCCAUUUUCGUAUCUUAAUGGAAAGAUGUGGUUAGUAUUUUCGGCUUAUCAUCUGCACAUGUUUUCAAUUUAUUACAGGACAGCUCAGUUAUAUUAGUUGUUGAAUGUAGGAUAGUUGGGUGAUAUUUCAAAAUCAUAUGAUUGGUGUCUAGGAAAUUAUCGUGAUAUUUGAUAAUAUUGCAAUGAAUGCAAUAAAAA